UGUCCAGGGUUCUGCAAAAUCAGAUAAUAAGAGAAAAUAUGAGGUGUUCGACUUUAGGUGGCCGUCAUGGUGUAUUUUUGAUAAGCGUCCAUCUUUCCCACAGUGUCCGUCUUUACCUACGUUCACGUUCACUUAAAAGAACCGAAUUACCCAUCCCUAGUUUGAUCGCGCGUUUCUCUCGCUCUCUCAACGAUCGAUCGCUCAGAAAAGCAAACCGACGCGAGCAUGUAUGCGCGUACCCGUAGGCUCUCACGGUGCGUGCGGACGGCAUCUUUUUUUGUGUCGCUCCGUCGGCCAUACAGUUCCUCGGCCCAGCCAGCGCAUUCUGGUGUUUUCCCUCGCCGCGCGUGCAUGCCGCCGUUUUCCACUGGUGGUGUGUCCGUCCGUCCUUAGCGAAUUGUUGUACGGUCCUCCUGCCAACACCUUCUGUCUUGGCCAGCCCAAGUGGAAGUAAAGUGACCAAACAACCACAACACCAAACUUCAAUCAAACCCCAACACAGUGUUUGCGGAGUGUGCGAGAGAGCAACAGCGGGAACCUUGGGGACGAGUUGUGGGUGCGCGCGUGUGUACAUUGGAAGUGGGGUACAGGUGAAGACGGGCAUCGUGCCUCCGCGUGGAGGAAUGGCCGCCGUUGAUGAGUGAAAGUAGUGGACGCUUCACUGAAGCUGGCUAGCAGCAGAGUGAUCGAAGAAGCAGCAUAACGAACGGGAGAGAAAAAGAGAUAGAGUGCGUUUAUAUAUGUGUGUGUGUGUGUGUGAUCGAGCGGUUGGAGAAGGGUGGAAGACGAGGGCCGUGUUGCAUUAAAGCAUAAUUAUUCAAAUUAUCUGUGCGUUUGUUUGGUGGAAUUUUGUGGAAGCGAGAAACACAAGGGGCAGCCCCCGAAGAGCGUGCGGCCGGGGGUCAGCUGCCAAAGCAAAGCCGAAAAGGCAAAAAAGGCAGCCCGUCGAGAAAUGCUGGACAAAAACCGGUAUCUCCCUCGCCAGGUACCGUGCCGAGCCUGCCUCCUCUCCCCGCGAAAACAAAAGCCUUCCUCGCAAUCAACCGUUGCAGAUCGCAUCCAAAAGCCACGUGUCUGCCCAGUGCUGCGUGCGUCUGUGUGUGCGCCAUGACGCAGAUGGUUCGGCGCUGCGAAGCUGAGGCAACAACCUUUCCGGACGCUGUGCGCGGCUGAAGCAGGGAAAUAUCAUCUCCUCGUGCGCGCGAUGGUCAUCGCCGCAGCCAUCGAAGGUCACCUGUAAGCGAGCGAACAAACAAAAACAUACAUACACAUACGCGCGCGCGCACACACCGUGCACACCUGUACCUGUAGCCUGUGGACGGUGCGGGAAGCGCCAUUUUUUAUUCUUCGACCGAUUCGUUCGGCUGCCAGCAUCCGCAGCAACAGCCACCAUUAAGCGCUGCGAGCGCUCGGUGCGGGAAGAAGGGCCAACAGAGCGAAAUGACGACGCCGCACGGUAUGCCACCGACCGGUGGCGGUGCGCCGGCACCGCCCGGCACCGGCGAGCGGCCACUCAGCUUCUACGACAACCUGUCCACCUCCACCUCCCUGACCGGCCGGACCAUCCAGUUUCCGGACAUACAGUUCCGGUUCGACGAGAACAUUCCCGACCGCCGCUCGGUGCACAGUACGGCCAAGUCGGACUUUUUCGGUCUCAGCACGGCACCAGCUACGACCAACACCACCACCACCAGCAUCGCCCUGACACUGGACGAACCGCGCAGUCCGCCGGGGAGCUCCGGCUCGCCCGUCACUCCGCCGAUCCGGCCGUUCGACAACGGGGCUACACCACCGAUCACCGGUUCGCCCGCGUCCAGCGGCGCCUCGACCGCCCCGCUGCGGUCACCCUCGGUCUCUCCCGGCAGUGCGGUCGGCGACGGAGGAACCGAACCGCCCACCACCAGUACGCCCCGCUGCUCGCGGCCCAACUCGACGAUCAAAACCAUCACCAUCAAACUGCCCGACCCGGUCACGGGCCCUGCCGGCGGACCGUCUGAGGCCGUCUACAUGACGACGACGGUGCCGCAAAACUUCGCCAAAAAUGCCAGCACACUGAUCGGGCGCCACAAGCCGACCCGGAGCAGCCUCCGGCACAGCCGCAUGCUGGUGGUGAACAAAACCGUCCCGGUGCGGUACCCGCCCGGCAACUCGCUGAACCUGCGCCACCUGCGCCUGUGCCGCACGCUCAUGGUGCUGCAGAUACUGAUCGGCAUCGUGCUGAACGUGAUCGGGCUGAACAUCAUGGUGUGGUCACCGUCCACCAGCACCAAGGACAAUCCGUACUGGUCGGGUUUGAUCCUCAUCGUUUGUGGUGUGCUGUUUCUGGUGCUGUUUCAGUUCAAGCGGGCCCGCACCGGCACGGACAAGGGAACGCCCGCCCAGAACGUGGCCCGGCUGCACCAGCCGCAGUCGCCGUGGCGGGAAAACUGUUUUCACUUUCUGCGCGUGAACGCGCUGAUUGUGCUGCUGCUGACCAUCUUCUUCACCGCGCUAGCGUUCAUCUACGCGAUGAUCCACGCGACCAACCUGUCCGCGGAUGGAUUGCGCUGCGAGCCCCAGUUUACGUUCAACGUCAACUCGUCCUCGUGCGUGUGUACGAUCGAUACGCGCCCGACGGCCCGAACGACCGUGCUGCCGAUGAGCGCGAACGCGACCGACCCAUCGCUUGACGAACCGCUGCCCGCUGGAGGCGCAUACCACGACGCCGGCAUCAUACGGCUCGAGUAUCGCGACUUCAACUGCAAUGAAGUGCACAGCAUCUGGUACUACGUGAUGCUUGUCUCGACGCUGCUAAACAGUGCCGGCUGUCUGCUGGCCACCACCUUCCUAGUCAUCUACAGCAUCGAGUGUUUUCGCCGGUCCACCGACCGGCAGCCGCAUCGCGCCAAGAACGGUCAGCCGGGUGGUGGGGUGCGUAUCGCUGAUCCGGCCGCCACCACCGGUAACCUGGCGAAUACGAACCACCCAAAUGCGACUGCGCCGGACGCCUCCACACUGCCCCUACUAGCAAUUGCGAAACCUGCCUCACGCGGCCCACCCGCACCCGACAGCAGCAUACUGAGCAGCACGACCAGUAGCGGCCGUCCGGAAACGGACACGACCCUCGAGGAAAACACACUGAUUACGAUCCUGUCCGAGGAGGCGGGUGAGGAGGGCAACAAAACGUUAGUAUCGUGAGGAAAGCUAGCGAGAGAAGGGCAGCGAGAAACGCGGACGGUGCUAUAAGAGUAUACAUGCUCAGACUUUUAAAUGCAUCGUGAAGAAAAGUUAGCUGUUAGACGAUAACUGCAAUGGGUGCUUAGGCGGGAUUGGGAGACAAGCCCUUCCCCGUAGCCACCCCAGUAACGAACAGUAUUCGUUGGUGAGCUAGUAAGGUAUUGCAAUAAACAGACGCGUCUAGCCGAAAACGGUACGUGUGUAUGGAAUUUAAAGAUUAUUCGAUUUUAUUGUCAGUUUUUUUUCCACGGUUGGUCCGAAUUUCCCGGACUUGAGACGCACUUAAGCCAGGCAUGAGGCUCGUGCGGCCCGCAAAACAAUUUUAAAACUAUAUCUUGAGCGAAUAAAAAGAAACAGAAACAUAAACUCAUUGAAUUAGAAUCAUUGCCGAAAACGUUCAAUCGUACUUUUGACCUUGAUAAUAGUAUAGUUGAUUAUACCGAACGUAUCAAGAUUAAAUUUUACCUAAACUUCAUACAUUGCCACUUGGGGCGAUAAUAACCAGACAUCAAGAACAAUAUUCACGAUGAAAUGUCACAAAACUCCAUUGUUUUGAUAGCCAACUGAAGAACGUUUAAUUUAAUUAAUCAUCAACUCUGUCAUGUAGCGUUCCAAGGCUACUGCCUUGUAAUUAUCGUAAUUUCGUAAUAUAUGAGCCGGUCUCGUAGUACAGUCGUCAACUCGUACGACUUAACAACAUGCCCGUCAUGGGUUCAAUCCCCAAAUAGACCGCGCCGCCAUACGUAGGACUGACUAUCCUGCUAUGGGGGGGGAAUCAAUUAGUCACUGAAAGCCAAGCCCACAACUGGGUGUACAGGCAGGCCUUGACCGACAUCGGUUGUUGAGCCAAAGAAGAAGAAGAAUUAUCGAAUAAUUCAAGAAUGCAGCAUCCAAAUUGAAAGUAAAACAACACAUUUGAGAACGCCUUUGUCAUAAUAUAUGCACAAAAAAAAGUGAAAUAUAUGAACAAAACAAAGAUUCAAUCGUGCGGUUUGUGGAUCUAGUUUGACAGAUCCUAAGCUCUUCAAAUUGUAUUGUUUAAAUUUUUGGAUGUUUUAUUAAAUGAAUGAGUUGACGUGAUUAUUAAGCAAAAUAAAAACAAAAGAACGAGAUAGAAAACAAUAAAAAAAAAACUUGUUUUCGGGUGAUUUAUGCAUCCUAAGAUCAAAACGGGAAAGACGGACACUCUGUCGUAGGAAAA